AUGGCAGUCAAAUGUGGAUCCCCAUGGAAUGAAAAACAAAAAAAAGAAUGGAAACGUUAUUCCGAUUUAGAAAGCGAACUGAUAGAGAAAACUUAUCAAACGAAAGAACGGCAAGUGCAGUUAGAGCAGCACAUUAUUGAUUUUAAGUAUAUUGUACAGAUUAGUAAAAGUAACAGUAAUAAAAAGAGACCUGUGAAAAGAGAAGUAGUUGAAGUCGGCCAUUACUUAAGACAAAAACGAUUUUCUUAUCCAGAAAAACCAAUUAAAUUAUUUGGAUCGAGUGAUCGAUGUUGGAAAAAGUCUGAAUUUAUUUUUGAAUGGAUGCAAAGAAACCGGGCGAUAACAAGCUAUCCUAAUAUACAGUGGCGAGAAAUUGUUGAACAAGCUGCUAAAGGUAUAAUUUCUUUCUUUCUUUAUAUACGUUCUUUAUCACAGAGAUUCACUUCUUGUGUUAUAAAACUAUAGGUAUUUUGAAUGAAGGA